CCGUCCGGCGGCUGACUGACCCGCCGGUCGGUUUGUGACCGUGUUGCAAGCGGAAGGCUUCUGCAAUGAUGGCUCGCUGCUUUUGAUUUUGGAGAGAGAGAGAGAGAGAGAGAGAGAGAGAGAGAGAGAGAGAGAGAGAGAGAGAGAGAGAGAGAGAGGCUGGAAGUGGAUGAGGAAGAACAAGAAAGAGAGUGGUGCAGUGAGAGAGGAGGAAGGCCGGAUAGAUUUCAGGCGCAUUCCCUCUGCUAAGAUGAAAUGAUUAUGCAGCUUCGGCUGAGCAGCAGAUAAUUGCAGCAGCAGCAGCUGCAGCAGCAGCAGAAGAAGAAGAAGAAGAAGAAGAAGAAGAAGAAGAAGAAAGGAGGAGGAGGAGGAGGAGGAGAGGAGGAGGAGGGGGAGGAGAAGCGAAGGGAGAGUGGAAGAGCAGUAGGUGGAUAAACGAAGGGACACUUAUUCGUUCGUCCUACUGGUGCUGUGGGACCCUUCUCUCAGAUCAUCUGCUCUGCAUGCACUCUCGGCUUGGUCUUCACAUCCCUCUCUCCCCAUCCGUCCACGUGUUCUGAUUGUCGCUCCUAGGUUCUCUACUUCGUCGCCUGAAUACUUCCUCCUCCUCCUCCUCCUCCUCCUCUCUCUACCACCAUCUCCUCCUCGUCCUUCUCAUUUUCACCACCGCCUUCUCUUCUUAUCCUCUUGGCUUUGUUCUGGACCUUCAGCCUCUUCCCCCUCCCUCUCUCGGUUGCCACCUCUCUGUCACUGUCUCUGUCUCUGUCUCUGUGUUGUCUCUCUCUCUCUCUCUCUCUCUCUCUCUCUCUCUCUCUCUCUCUCUCUCUCUCUCUCUCUCUCUCUCUCUCUCUCUCUCUNCUCUCUCUCUUUGUGUGCGUGUGUGUGUGUGUGUGUCUCUCUCUCUUUGCGUACGUGGCGGCGACAGAGCAGUGUACAGCGUGUGUAGGACAGACUGCAGGCUCGAAGAUGGCAUGCGAAGCGAUGGGCGCGUUGGCGUCUUGUUCUGGUACCACGAGGAUGAUGCCGCAGACCAAUCACUUGACGGAUACGGCAACAAGCCCACGUGGUGCCACGUCGAUUGUCCUCGACACAGGGGGACGAAUGCGGUACGUAUCGAAGCGGCAUUUCAGGAACAACAGGAGCUCCUCCUCCUCCUCCUCCUCCUCCUCCUCCUCUUGCUCCACGGCCUCUGACGAGGUGGUCAGUGGUGGCCCCGAACGACGAGGAUUGAGCCUGAUUCGAGCCGGAUCUCGCACAAUGUGCGGCCUUGGCGGGGAAUGUCGCGCAUCAUGGCGCGCAGUGGGCGGAGAGCGCAGCGUGAAUGACGUCGAACACGCCUGCAGACCUGGUCGAAAUGCUGUCGGGAUCGCAACCUGGCAUGCCUUGUGCUGUCCGACCAGACACAGGCUUCCUCAUCAGCAUCAGCAGUCCGGCGGCAUCCGCAGGCGUCCGCGCACCCGGCGGAGCUCGCUGCCGCUUCCGCUUCCGCUUCCGCCGCCGGCGGCAUCGCGCGGCAACGAUGCGCGAACGACCUCGGCAGCGGAUCCACUACCACUAGCUCGCCCGCCGCUGGCGAAUGCCCGACGUCGGCAGCCCGCCGGUUCCCGCCGGCCGGUUGUGGUAAGCGACCACCGCGCCGGCGGGAGCUCCGCGGGGACUGCCACGUCAGCGAUCGCCGAUAGAGCCGAGCAAUCGGCUAUGUUGGCCGACGAGGAAGAUUACGUGAAGGCAGGAGGGGCAGAUCUGGAAUUUGUCAAAAUGCAGGCGGGCAAGAGUAUAGAUCAGCCGAAGAUAGCAAGCAAGCUGCAGGCCCUGGUGGAGCCAAGCUUGAAGUUGCUGGACCUGGUGGUCGUGGGGUGUGGGCCAGCAGGUUUGGCACUUGCGGCAGAGGCAGGCAAAGAGGGACUGAGUGUAGGGCUCAUUGGUCCCGAUGUGCCCUUCGUCAACAACUAUGGGGUCUGGUAUGACGAAUUUCAGUCGCUUGGUCUGGAGCACUGCGUUGAACAGGUGUACGAAAACACAGUUAUCUAUUUGGAGGAUGACAAGCGUGUUUUGCUCGACCGCAAGUAUGGACGUGUCGGAAGAAGCCUUCUGAGAGAAGAACUCUUACGAAGAUGUGCAGAGAAUGGUGUCAUGUAUGUGGAUAGCGAAGUCGACUACGUGCAGGAUAUGCAAGAUGGAGGAAGCACUCUCGUGUGUAAGAACGGACUGAAUGUUCAGUGCAGGCUGUCUGUGAUUGCGGCAGGCGCAGCAGCAGGGAAGUUCCUGACGUAUGAGGCAGGCGUACCCGCAGUAUGUGUGCAAACAGCCUAUGGCAUGGAAGUUGAGGUGGAGGCGAGUUCCUUUGACCCUACUUUGAUGCACUUCAUGGAUUAUAGGGACUUUAAGGGGAGAGCGGAGGCCACAUCAACAGGGAGGAAGAAUGUCAGAAGUCCUUUUGGGAGUGGUGGUGCUGGAGGGGGAGGUGGAGGUGGAGAGGGAGAGGGAGGUGUGGAAAGCGAGAUUCCCACCUUUCUAUAUGUCAUGCCUACGACGCAAACCCGUCUCUUUCUUGAGGAGACCUGUCUUGCUGCUCGACCAGGGCUGACUUUUCAGGAACUGAAGGAGCGGCUGCAUUCUCGGAUCAAGACGCUUGGCUUAAAAGUCCUCAAAGUGCAUGAGGAGGAAUGGUCCUACAUUCCAGUGGGAGGCGCUUUGCCCAUCGGGACGCAGCCGCAACUGGCAUUCGGCGCCGCCGCGAGUAUGAUCCACCCUGCAACAGGUAGGCUAUGGAGGGGUUUUCUGUCGUCAUCUCUGUCGUCCUUCGAUCUUGUGAUGUUUGCCUUCGGAAUGUUCGUCUAUGGGAGUAACUCCAUGCGAAGCCGGCUCGUACGUCAUCUGUUGACGGAUGCUUCGGGGGCUUAUGUUUUCCGGGUCUACAUGGGCCUCGAUGGCGUAUCUCAACCGUCCACCCCUAGUGCCAGAGGGUUGGCUGCUCUCGCUAUUCUAUUGACUUCCGGAGCAUCUUCAACUGCCAAGGGCUUGCUACCUCCCCCAUGAUAUAAGUAAGAAUCGGGAUUGUGCUGCUGAGUCACCUCUGCCUGCACAGCUCCAGAUGAUGUAACGCUGCAUGAUCCGUACGAUCUCCAGCUCCACUGCGCUCAGAAGCAGCAGCUGCGGCAGCACCACCAACCGGACCAGGUACACUCACUAGCGGCACGGACAGGGGGAUAAGGUACAGUCUCCAGUGGUGAUAAUUGGACCAGGUGCAGUCUCCAGUGGUGACAAUUGGACCAGGUACAGUCACUAGCAGAAGCCGGGACCAGAAGCAGUAGCAGCGUUACAUGAAGCAGGAGCGGCAGCGGUGCAUGUCGCAUAUACAGCGCGAGCAAGAGAAAAAUCUUUGUGGGCGCGGAACCUGUAGCUGCAGAGAAGCAGAAGCUAGGUGGACAUCAGAAAGUGCCAGUGCAGGUCGAAUCACCGCCAUUUUUUGUCAUCAUUCUCUUUUUUUUUUACAUCAUUUUCACUAAAAGGCUGGAGUGUCCCUCGCAACAGGUACCGCCAUCGUCGUCAUGAUGAUCAUGAGUGUCGUGGACACGAGCAGGAGGAGCGUGGAGGAUCAGCAGCUGUGUAACGUGCAGCGAGUGUAGGUGUGCCUACGUGCAGUAUGAAGGUCCACAUGGGCGCAGGCAGCUGCAGCAGCAGCGACAGCAGCAUUAGCACUAGAAGUAGAGGUAGGAGUAUCAUCACCUGUAGCAUGUGCCACAGGUGUC